GAAUUAUUAGCCAUAUAGUAGAGCAAAUUAUGGAACAAAAAUAGAUAUUUGAAUUACCAUUUGUAUUAAGUACCUUGCAAUAAUGGCCUCUCCCAAAUUGCUAUUAUCCUACUUAAAACUAACUCAUUCGUGUAAUGUUAAAUUUAAACCAUUAUCCAUUGCUACAAGAUCUUUUGUGGUAGGCUCCAAAGCAUUUUCACAAUACGCUUCUUAUUUUAUUGAUCCUGUUUUCAAACCACAAAAACAAAAUGAAUUAGCCCAAGAAGGUGAGAUCCAAAAACUUGCACAUGUGCCUAUUAAAGCUGCUCGAAAUAAUGAUACUAGCUCUGUAUUCCAUGAUGAUCUACUUAGCAAAUUUACAAACUAUGUUAUGAAAGGCGGCCAAAAAGUUUUGGCUAGAAAUUUAAUAGAUGAAGCUUUUGUGAAUAUUAAAAGAAUACAAAUUGAAAAAUAUCACAAGGCUAAAGAAGAAAAUAAGAGUAAUAUAAUACUAAAUCCAAAAGUGAUAUUGCAUAAUGCUAUUACAAAUUGCAGGCCAGUUUUAACACUUACACCAAUCAAAAGAGGAGGUGUUACUUAUCAAGUUCCUAUCCCGAUCACUGAGAAGCACUCAUAUUUUUUGGCUAUGAAAUGGUUAGUGUCAGCGGCACGUGAAAAGGAAAGAACUGUACAUUUUCCUGAAAAAUUAGCAUAUGAGCUAAUUGAUGCUGCAAAUAAUACAGGCAGAGUUGUUAAGAAGAAACAUGAUUUACAUAGACAAUGUGAAGCCAAUCGUGCUUACGCACAUUACCGUUGGAGUUAAAAUUUGUAAUAAUUAUGUACAUAGACUGCAGUUUGCUAUAUUUUAAGUAAAUUA